AUGGCUCCCUCCACUCCUCGUCUGAGGAUCCUGUCAGUCGGCGGCAAUGCCGUGUCGGCUUUCCUCUCCUGGCGUCUCCAGGCCACUAACGCCUGCGACGUCACCCUUGUCUGGAAGUCGGGCUUUGAGAACGUGGCGCAAUAUGGCAUUUCGAUGAAGUCCAAGCAGUACGGCAACGAACGGUUCAAGCCUCACGCAGUCGUCCGCUCGCCCGAAGAUGCGGCGCAAGCCUCGAAAGCCCCGUUCGACUACGUCCUUCUUUGCGUCAAGGCCCUUCCUGACGUCUAUGACAUUGCGUCUGUCAUCGAGUCCGUCGUUUCCCCGCAGCACACAUGCAUUCUCAUGAACACCACCCACAACAUCGGCGUCGAGUCGUACCUUGAGCAGCGCUUCCCCACCAAUGUCGUCCUGUCACUCGUUUCGGGCGCUGAGAUCACCCAAUUGGGUGCCAGCGAGUUUGAGCACCAGGACGCUUCUGAUAUCUGGGUGGGUGCUGCAAACGAGAACCCGGCAAUUCCCGGAUCCAUCCAGACAGACAUGGCCGAGGCGCUGGCGAUGACGCUUAGCUCGGGACAGGUGGACUGCAAGGUGUCGAAGAACAUCCGGCAACAGCAGUACGAGCGGAUGAUUGGAAACAUUGCUUUCCAUCCCGCGAGCGUCCUCUUCGAGAACGCCAACCACGCUGAGCUCAUUGAGAAGGUGGGCGUGCGUUCGCUGAUCUCAGGGGUGAUCGAUGAGCUCCUGCAGAUCGCAACGGCGCAAGGUUGUAGCUUCCCCUCCGAUUUCAAGGAUACGACGAUCGCAGCAAUGGCCCGCCCGCAGGAGACGAACAGCAUUAUGUACCAGGACUUUGCCGCGAAGCGUCCGAUGGAGGUGGAGACUUACCUUGGUUCGCCGCUGAAGCUUGCUCAGGAAGCGAACGUUGCAGUGCCCAGGAUUGAGACUGUGUACGCCAUGCUGCACCACGUUAACAUUGUCAACCAGCAAAGGCCUGCUGCCGCUGCCCCGAUGUCGCCCCAGGCGGGUGGCCCUCCGCGCAUGACUGGACCGAUGCCCCGCGGACCGCCUGCGAACGGCAUGCCGAUGAAGAACGGCAUGCGCUCCAGUAGCAGGGCGCCCUCAAUGACUGGACAAGGUCCUCCACCGAUGAUGAGGAGAGGCCCGCCCCCGCCGAACGGUUACCCACAAAGGCCCCAGCCCGGCCCCCACGGACCGCCCAUGAACAGACGCCCGUCGCUCGAGGGUAAUGACCUUGAGGAGUUUAGCCACUUGAUGCUGUACGAUGCGGUUCCGGAGGACGGUGCUGAGAUUCCCAACGGCCUCGUUCCCAACGGUGUUUACCCCGACAGUGCGCCGGCCUCGUCGACCGAUUUGGCCCUGAGGGAACGUGAACUUGCGUUGAGGCAGAAGGAACUCGCCUUGAGGGAGCAGGAGUUCAGGAUGCGUGGUCCUCCCGGACCCCCUGGCCCGCGUAGGCCUAUGCCUCCGGCUUCGGUCGCCGGCGACUAUGACGAGGAGGAUGGCGACUUCUUUGACCCGAUGGCUCCCCGCGCCCCUAUGGUUGACCCUGAAAACUUUGACAUGAUGAGUAUCACUUCUCGUCGCACCCGCAAAGCACCCAGCGCGCAGCAACUGCGCAAGAACCCCGAGAUGGGCGGCAACGGCCCGCAGUCGCGCUCCAGGAGCGCAUUCGGAAGGCCCAUGAUGGGUAACAAGAGGACUUCGGCGAGACUGAUGAACGACGUGCCAGGCCUCCAUGACUCUCUCAUGAACAACGCUCUUUUGGGAUACUCUUCUGAUCGCUACGGAAACGUUGACCGCGCAAACAUGGGUCAACAGUCGAGGACGAACUCGCUGACCGCAGCUCGUUUGGACGAGAUGGCCGGCCCCGGCUACGGCGCCUACCCAAUGCCACGCAGAGCUAGUCAAUCACCUGGUAACCCACUCAGUCCGGGCCGUGGAAGGCCUUCGCCUCCUGGUGGCUAUCCUCCGUACGCUAACGGACCGCAGCCCAACGGUAGGCCGUCUCCCCCGGGCAUGAAGCAGCCAGUCCCCCGUCAUCCGCCGGGACAUGGCAACGCAGUGGCACCGCAGGCGGUUGAGCAACACGCAGGUGUAAGCAACCAAUACCCGCCCAGAAAAGGCCCUCAAGUUCGCAGUCUGACUGGAAGUGCGAGCGCUAGCGCGGAGAGUGGUGAUAGCGGCGCCAGCGCUCUUGUAGAUUCUGAACCCUCCGCGGCCAGCAGUCAAAGCAGCCUGGGACCGCAUGCCCCUAUUGGCGUUCGGUAG